AUGGACAGCCAGCUGCUGCUGUGGGACCCGCAGCACCUUUCAGCACCCGUGAAGCGGAUCGUCUAUGACCACCCCCCCACGAGUCUGCGGGUGAGCCGCGACGGCAGCAAAGUUGCUGUGGGGACUUACGACUCUUUUCUUCGGGUGUAUCUACUCCCCAGUUUGGAGUGUAUCGCCAGCUACGUCGACCUGCAAAUGGUCAUUCCCCACAUCACCUGGCGCAGCACGCACGACUGUUUGGCCUACAAUGUCUUUCAAAUGGGCAAAACUGUGGUCUUGAAGCCUCCCACAGGCAGCAAGCAGCAGCAGCAGCAGCAGCUGGACCAGCAGCAGCAAGACUUGCAGCAGCAGAGCCAGCAGCAGGAGCGGCAGCAGCUAAUGUAUUACUAG